AUGGCUGAGAACAUCGUGUAUUUUAAAAUGAAACACGAGGCACAAACAUAUAAAAUUCCAAUAUAAGGAGUGAAUGUGCAAUUAAAAGAUUUACGACAAAAAAUAAAGGAUUUUCUAAAAAUGCCUUAGCCUUAGAAAGGAUAGUCCAACUAAAAUUUUGAAGAGUUAGUUAUCUAUGGAGAAUUGGAAUAGAAUGGUGGAUAAGAAAAACCAUUAGGAUUAGCUGAUAAAGUGAGAAAUAAAUAAACCGUGAUAGUGGUGAGACAACCAUACCAGUAGGGCCAAUCGUUGUGUGAGUCAUGCCUAUCUGCGAGAAGUGCAUCUUAGACCCCUUGUUGUUAGAGGAGGAUAUGCCAAGGAUGUGAAGAACAAUUUAUCAAAGUUACGAAGUGUUUCUUUAAUGAGCUACAAUAAUGUCCAUUUAAAUAUGUCAAUUAUCAAGUUUAGACUAUCAAGUAAUAAACUGAGAUUUCCAACACAGAGUUGGAAUAAUAAAUUAAAAAUGCUGUUUUCUUUAUUGUUAAGAGUAACACCGAGCAGAAUGUGAUUUUGGCCAAAACUCACGAUGUUUGGGCUACUACUCGUCGUAACUUUGGGACUCUUAUGGAUUAAUUUAAUAACAAAAAAGUCAUUUUGAUUUUUAUUGCUAAUCGUGUUGAAAAGUUUUUAGGUUGUGCUAAGAUGAAGAAUAUACAAGUGCCUCGAGAUCCCAAAUGGUAAUGGUGUGGUACAUCCACUAUUCAAUUGGCUGAUAAUUUUUCAAUUGAAUGGUUAAGGAAGGGUACUGUAGAUUUUGCCAAAUUGUAAGACACCAUUAAUCCAAAAACUGGCGAUCUAGUAAUCAGGAGUAAAGAUUGUUAAGAAGUUCCAGCUGAUAUUGGUCAACGUAUAUGUCUAUUGUUUGAAUAAAUCAAAUAAAACGACGAAGAAUAAGAACCGGUGCCCCAACCUUAAUAAGAACCUACUCCAAAGAACGAAGAGAUAGAAUGGGAUUACAAUCAAAUAAUUUCUCCUGUCAAUGCAAGUCCAAUCAAAGAACAACCAAAAAAAUCACCCAGUCGUUCCCCUAGCAACCAGAACAUCCCUUCCCAAAAGAUUCAACUAAAUUAGGCAUAACAUGCCUUAUUAAAUGAAACCAUAGCAUCAUUGGUAUAAUAAUAAUAAAUGGAAAUGAAUUGGAAUAAGAUGAAUGUGGGUAAAAUACCUGGAUUGACAGGAAAGGUGUAGUAUCCACAUCCAUUUCUAUAGAAAUAUAGUUAAAAGCAGACCAAAAUGGCGGAAGCCUUAUUAUAAAUGGUUUAAAAAGGAACUGAAAAAUAAGACAAAGAAAAGAAAUCAUCAAGUCGUUCUAAAAAGCAUAAAAAGAAGAAGGAUAGAGAUCGAAGUUCCUCUGAUGAAAAAAGAAUAUCAAGGAAAAAAAGUAAGGAACGAAAAGAUAAAAAAUCAAAGCUUAAAAAGAGAAGUCGAAGUAGAAGCAGAUCAAGAGAUCAUAAGAAAAAAAAGUAUUGAUUAUCAAAUUCAUAUCAUAAUCAAAAUAUUUAUUAAAUUUUUUUUUA